AUGCCGUUGGACAAACCAGCUUACUCUGUCACGGAAGCCGAAUGGGUCGGGUGGAUGCGCCUCGGCUACGAUGUUUUACCGCCUGACCUCGACGCGAUCCGCGCUCGGCUGCGCAGUUCGGUUAAGUUCGACCUGACUAUCAUGGACGUCGACUCUCGAGUCAGUAAGAUGCUUGAGGGUCGCAUGAAGACCCUCGAGCUGGACUACCAAGAAUAG